CUACUGACUGUGUUCUGCGUCUAAAUGAAACGUGAAACCUUUUAUAAUCAGAAAAGAAGUCACUAGGCUUUCUAACGCUUGUACACACACAUUCGCAAGAAUGAAAAGCAUACUCGUCAACUGCAGGACCGAUUAGUGCGGACAGCUGUAUCUUCGAACCAGAGAGGCAACCGUCAUGAGUGCGGGUCUUAAGCCGAGCAAAAGCACCGUGUAUGUGAGCAAUUUGCCGUUCAAGCUCACAAACAAUGACCUGCACCAGAUCUUCGAAAAGUACGGCAAGGUUGCCAAGGUGACCGUCAUGAAAGACAAGCAAACGUGGAAGAGCAAGGGAGUAGCGUUUGUGCUCUUUGUGGAUCCCGAAUCGGCCAGCAAAUGUGCGUCUGCUCUAAACAACCAGCCGCUAAUGGGACGCACGCUGCGGGCAAGCAUCGCAAAGUACAACGGCCGAGCUCCCGAGUUCAUCCGCCGUAAAGAAUACAAGGACAAAUCGAGGUGCUUCGAGUGUGGUGAGGAAGGUCAUCUCAGUUACCGCUGUCCACGGAAUUCAUUUGGCGAGCGAGAGGCCCCGGAAAAGAAAAGGAAGAGAAGAAAGGGACAGCCGCCCAAAGAGCAGGAAGCGGAGGCUACCGAAAGUGAAAAUGAGGAAGACCCGGCCUUGGAGUCGCUUCACGCAGCAAUCAAGUACGAGCAACAACAAAGAGAGCGCGAGUCUGGAAGCGGUCAACAGUCUGGCGCACAGUCAUCCUCUGGAAGCCGACGUCGAAUCCGCAAGAGUGCUUACUUCAGCGAUGAAGAGGAGUCGGAUGAGGGCAACGGGUGACACCGUUGCUUGGCCCGUCCAGGACGUUGUUUCAUGUACUGCAUCACAUGUUUUGUACAAACUUGAUCUCAUUUACAUUUCAUUUUAAUGACACUUGCUGAUGUUUGACCUUCGUCUUGAGAAGACUGAAGUGCAUAAAAUAAUAGUUGCACACGCAUACGUUUAC